AUGGCCGUAGCUCUCGUCUCAAAUUCUUAUCUCGACGACACCUCAAACAAGAUUCGUGCAAAGCCUGUACCAUGGGAGGGGUACCAACGAGCCGACUUGGUUACUGCAGAGGAAUUGGCCCUCAUCAAGCGCGUAGACCGCCAGUCCAGGGCGAAGACUGAAGCGGUCCUGCUGUCUGAAGGGCCUGCGUACGCCUUGCUGUAUCUUUCGUUGCUCAAGAAGCUGCAGCGAAUAGAUACAAUGCAAUGUCUUCUUGUCCUCAUAGCCGAUGCAUUAUCCGAACAUGAAGAGCGCAUUCCACUGUUUACCCGAACGCAACAAACCGAUCCAGAUCUUCCGUACUCGCCCCUCCUUAGUGCCCCAUCCACCGCUCUUCCAUUGCGCCAACUGCAGCCUUUCAUCAAUACUUUGUCCGCGCUUAUUAAAAGCCCGUCAACCAACAAGCGCGAUGUUGGAGUUCAAUGUCUCGAAUCCCUCCUCGCCCGACCAGAGUUUAGACAGAUAGUAUGGGAAACCCCUGGCCUGGUUCAAGCACUCGUCGAUGCUUUGAAGAAUAACCCAGGACCACAGAUGAGCUACCAAGUCGGGUUCUGCAUAUGGCUACUUUCAUUCGAGACUAACAUCGCCGAAGAAAUCAACAAGAAGUAUGACAUAAUCGCUGAACUUAUUACAGUCGCUCAGACUGCGGUGAAGGAGAAGGUCAUUCGAGUUAUCGUGGCGACCUUCAGGAACCUUAUCGUGAAAGCGCCCGCUGCCAACCUCCCUGCGAUGCUGGUAUGCCAGCUAUUGCCGUUCUCCAAGAAUCUUGUUGCACGCAAAUGGACCGAUGAGGAUAUCGUCGAGGACGUCAAGUUCCUCAAAGAAGAACUCACAAACCGCUUCCAAAGCCUAACGACAUGGGAUGAGUACACAUCUGAACUUGCUUCCGGCCACUUGUCGUGGACGCCAGUGCACCAAUCAGACGAAUUCUGGAAGGAGAACGCCACCAAAUUGAAUGAGAAGGGUCAUGAACAGCUCAAGGUCCUGAUCAACUUGCUCAAGGAAUCCAAUGAUCCAGUGGUACUCGCCGUGGCCUGCCAUGAUAUAGGGCAAUAUGUGAAGUACUAUGAGAGAGGGAAGAAGAUUGUGAACGAUUUGGGGGGCAAGAACAGAGUAAUGAGCUUGAUGACGCACAAGGACCCGGAUGUCCGCUACAGAGCUUUGCUGUCUGUUCAACAACUGGUCAGCCAGCCUUGGAUUUCCGCGUAGAGCAGAAACGGACUGCUUCAUUACAUGUAAAUAAUAUUGUUGAUCCAAUCAUGACUCUAGGCAUCAUC